UGAGCGUGUGUGUGUGUGUGUGCAGGUGAGAUCAUGAGGCUGACGGUCAUCAGAGCAGAUGAUGGUCAGCUGGGCUUCAGUGUGCGUGGAGGAUCUGAACACGGACUCCACGUCUUCAUCAGCAGAGUGCAGAAAAACAGCGCCGCAGAGCUGGCGGGUCUGUGUGUCGGGGAUAAGCUGCUGGAGGUGAACGGCGUGAGUCUGGAGAACAUCAGUAUGAGCAGCGCUGUGAAUGUGUUGACGGGUCACACUCGUCUCCAUCUGCUCAUCCAGCGUGUGGGACUCGUGCCUGGCCUUCGUUACACUAACGAGAAGACCACCUGGGUGGAUCUGAUCCAUCGGCGGAUGGUGGUGGAGGAGUCGGACGCUCCCGUCUCAGAUGGAGCGCUGUGUCGGACGGUUCACCUCCAUCUCUCUGAACACCAGUCCUGUCUGGGACUCAACAUCCGCGGAGGACGAGAAUACAGCCUGGGCAUCUACAUCUCCAAGCUGGAUCCCGGGGGUCUGGCAGAACAGGGCGGAGUUAAGAUAGGGGAUCAGAUCCUGUCGGCCAAUGGCGUGAGCUUUGAGAACAUCGACCAUUACAGAGCAGUGGAAGUGCUGAAGAGUCAGCCUCAUGUCAUGCUGACUAUUAAAGAAGCAGGCAGAUAUCCAGCCUACAAAGAAAUGGUGACAGAACUCAGCUGGGUGAAUAAAAGCAGCGGACCCAUCUAUUCGUCCUCUCAAGGGUCGGAGUCUCUCUCAUCCGCCUCCUCUCUGUCCUCCGGGACCCCCCUCGGCUCCGUCAGCAGACUCUCUCAAGCCACACUUCCUGUUAGCCUGCCUUUAAGAGCCAAAAUGGCGGACGUCUGUGGCUCCACCGAGGCCCAGUUUCAUCCAGAUUCCACUGAUAGUGACAGUCGUUCGGAGCAGCUGCGGACCGUGAGCCGAGGACCCACAGAACUGCUGCAGGACUCCAGGAUCCGGAGCGAAGGAGAGUCGGGAGAGAGAAGACGGGGAGACAGGAAAACAUCUCUGCUGUCAGCUUUCAGUCGAGCGAGUCCUUCGAUACGCCGAACUCGAAGUCAUGUGACUGUGUCAGAAGAGGAGAAGAAACAGAAGAGGAAGCAGACAGAAAGAGGAGAAGAGGGAAGCAGUCCGCUGCAGCGCUCCAAAACCUUCUUCAGUCUGUUUCGAAGGAGAGAUUCCUCAAGAUCACGCUCCAGAUCUCCGUCCCGCUCAGAGAGCAUUCUGGGUAAUAUUAGACAUCAAAAUCUGAAACAGCACUGCGUCUGUCUUUCAUGCAGUUUAUCUGAGAGGGACGCUCUAAAUCAGGUGCGAGCGAUGGCCCUCAGAUUACUGGAGGAUGAAGAUGUGCUCAUGCUUAUGGACAUCUGUGAGCGGUAUUUAUCAGAGCGAGGGCUGACGACGCUCGUGCAUGCGCUGCUAGCCGUCCUGAACACGCCAGAGAAGCUCCUUCUGCUCCGAGAGAUCAGAUCUCUCGUGUCCUCCAGCGAUCUUCUGCUCUUCAACAGCAUGGUGUCUCCAUCCGAAGAAGAGGCUUAUGAUAUUCUGAAGAGUCGCUCACGCAGAAGUUCUCCUCAGUCAGGCCACGCCCCCCUCGUCACACCUGCACCAGAUCGGCACGGUGGAUUGGAGCUUCAUGCCGCGGAGGAUCUUGAGAGACAGAAUCAGCUUCUGGAAGGUCUUGAGCAGCUGCGUCUGUCCUGCGGUCAAGACCAGAACGAGUCCAGAGGCUUCAGCCCGUUACUGGACGUUCCUGUGGACACCUACGGUCAUUCAGACUCAUUAACCUCCUCCAGGACGUCUGCGCUGCUUCCCAACUGGCUGCUGACGGAGAACACGCGUCCAGACUCUGGACAAACGCUGGACGACGCUCUCAGCCGCAGCAUCACUGUAGUGGACGCGCCUCGACACAAGAGACCGCUGCUCUCACAGGUCUUCGGUUCCCUGAAGAAGUGCCAUAGUUCGACCGUGUCACCUGGGCUGGAGGCUGUAUGUGAGAAACACACCUGUGAAGAGUUUGAGCUCAGCACUGUCCACAUCAGCAAAACCAAGCAGUCUCUGGGGAUCAGUGUAUCCGGAGGAUCAGAGUCGAAGGUUCAGCCCGUGGUGAAGAUCGAGAGGAUUUUCCCAGGAGGAGCUGCAUCUGCUAGCGAUGCUCUGCGGGCUGGUUUUGAGCUGGUGUCGGUGGAUGGUGUCUCUCUGCAGGCCGUCACCCAUCAGGACGCUGUGGAGAUCAUUCGACAGGCCUUCAGUAAUAAGAGCAUCAACCCCAUGGAGCUCGUGGUCAAAGUUCCCAGAGAGCCCAGAGUCUCAGCGUACGUAUGAUCUCAGGAUCAACUACACCUCACAUCUG